AUGGAUCUACCGGCGGCAGAUAGUAAUAAUAAUAAUAAUAAUGAGUCUCUCCCGCAGUCCGAUUCGCAAUCGUACGGUGAAACUGAUUUUAUUAGCGAGAAGAGACAAAUGGAAAACGUAGAGAGGGAAGAAUUGGCGGCCAAAAGAGCAAAAAAUGGCAUGGUUGAGAUAGGGAGAGUGGCGGAGAUGGUUCUGGUGCUAUCUGCAAUGGCAGGGAUGAGAGGAGGAGGGAAGAAUCCGACGGAGGCGGAGGUGAAACUGAUGGAGGAAGCGAGGGCAAAAUUGGUAGAUAUUUGUCAAGAUUUGGCACCUAAGGAUUUAGUGGCUAGAGAUUCAAUUGGGACUGUUAUUGAGGAUUUAGGGCUUAACUUUAAGCUUAAAGAUCAACGGUUAGGAUUUCGAGGAUCUAGGCUGUCCAUUAAGGAGAAGCUCUCCCUUUCAAAGAGGAAGAUGGAAGAGUCCAAGAAAUUUGCUGCACCUUCAGCUAAAUAUACAUCUCAAAUGAUGCAACCAAGCUUUGGUGCAAUGCCUGAAAGCCGUGGGUCAGCAAAUGCUUUUCGGGUGCUUCCUUCUGAUAAACCAAGUAAUAUAUCAUUAUCUUCUGCAGGCUUUUCAGCUUCUUUGCCUGGUCACGUAUCAGCAGCAACUCCCGUAUCCACAACACAUAAACCACUCGCUACUGAAGUGAAAGUAUCUACUGUAUCCAGUGGGUUACCUAGCAGUCAAUUAGGAAAGGAUUUAUCUUCUUUAGCAUUUCCUAAAGUUGAAAAAGCACAGUUUAAAGUGGAAGGAGGAUCACAUGGGGCGUCUUAUGAUCCACAACUACCAGCAAAUGCUUCUGCAAAUCAUUCACUGGUUAAUGCUCUAAGUUGGUCUAUGCAACCCUAUUCUGCAUCCUCAGGUAAAUCUGCAUCAGAAAACAAGAUACCAAAUCCCAAUACUGCCAAGGUUGAGAUAGCUGCUGACUCGGUUCUGACUCGAGCAACUACUCAAGCAGCAAGAGAUCAAACAUUGAGACCAUUUAUGCCUCAAGCUUCAUCUGCAAAUUUGCCAAGCAUAAAUUUGCCUAUGCAAGGCAUGAAGCAUGUCCAACCUCCAUCGUUUUUCAAUAAUCACAAUGAAAUUGCUAAAAUUGUUCAGAAGUUGUUACAGCCGAAGCUUCCUGAACAUCCCACAUGGACUCCACCUUCAAGAGAAUAUAUGAAUAAGGCUAUGACUUGCCAGAUAUGCAAACUUACUGUCAAUGAGGUGGAAACUGUUGUUAUUUGUGAUGCUUGUGAGAGUGGAUUUCACUUAAAAUGUCUAGAAGCAAUUAAUCAGAAAGGAAUUCCAAGAGGUGAAUGGCAUUGCAGGAAUUGCAUGACAUUAAGCAAUGGGAAGCCUUUGCCCCCUAAAUAUGGUCGUGUCAUGCGAAGUGUAACACCACCAAAAGGUCCUUCUAAUCCAGCUGGAAGUCAGUCAUCAUCAGAGAAGAAAACUGAAAAUGUAGAUGCAAAGGUCAGUCAACAGAUGACUGCAAAUGGAAGUUCUGGUGUGCAAAAUCAUGCUGGAUCUGGUACUGUGGGUGGCAGCAGCAUUGAAUCAGCAUCUGAGUCAAGGAUUCCUGGCGAAAGAGAAAUGCCAAGAAAUUGUAUCAUAUCAAGUGGAAAAGAUGCUGAUCAGGGCGCAUGUACUUUCCCCAACAACUUUACUGAAAGAUCUACUAAACAAGAUCAAGUAUCUGAAUCACCUGCACAGGAAAAGAGUUCACUUUCUGGAUCGUCUGAAAAAAUAAGCAACAAGAGUGAAGAUUCCAAACCUUUGCGUAUCUCACAAGACAUUAUCCAAACAGAACAAUCAAAAUUUGCCAAAUCUCCUUUGAUGCUUCAUCACGAGCAUUCAAUCAUGGAAGAGUUAGUGAGUGUAAGAGGAAAUACUGAUUGUUCUUCAAGAUUUGAGGUCAAGAAAAGUGAGCAAGAUGUUGUGCAUGCAAAUCCAGUAGGAAGUUCUGAACCUAAUAAUGGGGCUGGAAAGCAUCCUGGCUUGUCUUCUGAUGGCGUCCAUAGUGUCGAAUGGAUUGGUGAAGAAAUUGAAGUUGCAGAUGGAAAAACUUUUUACAAGUCCUGUUGCAUUGAUGGAGUAUUGUAUAAAGUGCAGGAUCAUGCCCUUUUUCGUUCCAGCAAUGGCAAAUUAACACCCUCUAAACUUCAGUGCUACUUUCCUGGUGACUUGCCUGAGGCUGUUGGCCACCCAUGUGCCACUGAAAGCAAUGAGGUCUAUGAAUCAAAUCAUGAAAGCAGUGUGAUGGCUAGGUUGAUUGAAGGUCCAUGUGAAGUUCUCCCUCCUAUCAAGUUUAAGGAGAAGAUUGAAAGACUGAACCAGUUAGCAACUAAGGAAAGUAAUGGAUCAGCACCUGUUUUCAUAUGCAAGAUGAGUUGGUUGCUAUGCGGGAUGAGAUUACAUACUGAAAUGCUAGACUUUGAGAAACAUGCAAUGGCCACUUGGGUGACCAAUGCUAUAGUAGCUCUUGUUGAUGUGAACUUGCAGUUCAUUGAGAUUUUGCCUGGCAAGAUUGCUAGUGCUGCAAAAGUUGCUGUAGGACGAAGGAUUGAAGUGUCCAACAUAUCGAUUGCAAUCAUCUCCACAUCUGUGUUUGAGGAUAGUCCGGUCUUUGCUGCUGCUUCCCUGUGUGGAUGA